GAGCCGACAAAGGAAACAAACAACAAACAAUCUGAGGGGUGUCAGGAAAGUGUAACUAAGAACUGAUGAUUAUAUUUACUCUGUGGGUAGCAAGAGGCAGAUUUAUGAAGGACACAUGUCGGCAGAGGUCCGUAGGGACUUGACCAACACCAGAGCUUUAACUGUAACAAUAAGUUCUGAUAGAGACUGUGCUGAAUGGACUGAAGAGAAAAACACAGAUGGAUGAGACUUACUAGGGGCUAGGGGGAAACAACAAUACCAGAAUUGGCAAAGGAACAUUUGGGGUGAAAUAAGAAAUGAUCAGGAUCUGGAUGAAGAACGAGGCAUAACAGAAUAGUGACAGCAGCACUGAGCCCCAGAGUAGAACCAGAACCGAGACUGGUAGGAAGGAAACAGAGGAACAGUGAUCUAAGAGGAACUAUGUACAUAGAGACUGGCAGGAAGAGGGGACAAAAGAGAGCUGGGUGACAUAGCUAAGUUCCAGUUGUUAAGAAGCAAAGAAAGAACAAGACUUGUAAUGCUGGUGCAGGAAAGCAACAGAAUGGCCAAAAAAACUGAGAGAACUGGCACAGACGGGUGUUUAACAGACAAUCCACCAGGUCAAACAGAACAGCCCAACAUCAAAACAGAGUCUGUCAGAAGUGAGCUCUUGGAACAUAUUAAGGAACUGCAGAACGAGAUUACUGAUAUAGUGGCUGAUAUUGAUGAUUUUGAACGCUUGGUUAAUAGUCGUAAGACCCAGAGGGAGAAUGAAUUGCUCAGCGCUUGCAGAAAAUUCAACAUGGCUCCAGAAAAGGGUAUUCAAUUGCUGAUUGAGAAAAAAUUUGUGGAGAAGGAUCCCAGCCACAUCGCCAGCUUCCUGUUCCAUGGAGAGGGGCUCAGCAAAACAGCAAUAGGGGAGUACCUAGGAGAAAGGGAUGUGUUUAAUAUUCAGGUUCUCCAAGCUUUUGUAGAUUGCCACAGCUUCACUAAACUCAAUCUGGUGGAGGCUCUUAGGCAGUUCCUGGGUAGUUUCCGACUCCCAGGAGAAGCUCAAAAAAUUGAUCGGAUGAUGGAAUCGUUUUCAGCUCACUACUGUCAGUGUAACCCAGGAACUUUUCAGUCUACAGAUAGCUGCUACAUAGUGUCCUUCUCAUUAAUUAUCCUAAACACCAGCCUACAUAACCCAAGCAUUAAGGAGAGGCCCGACCUACAGCACUUCCUGUCUUUACACCGAGGGGUGCACCCAGGUGGGGAUCUGCCACCACAGCUACUUACUGAAAUGUACGAAAGUUUAAAGAAAGAAUCUUUCCAAAUCCCUGAAGAGGAGGAUGCCUGGGAGCUUGCCCAUGCGUUUCAUAAGCCACAGCGGGAAGGAUGGCUUCUUAAAACAGGCGGUCGUGUGAAAACGUGGAAGAAGAGAUGGUUCAUUCUGAAAGACAAUUGCCUGUACUACUUUGAAUGUAUCACGGACAAAGAACCUCUAGGAAUAAUUCCCCUGGAAAAUUUAUCAGUGGAAAUUGUGGAAGAUUCUAAGAAACCAAACUGCUUUGAUCUACAUGGGAAAGGACAGACAAUCAAAGCAUGCAAAACACAUGGGGAUGGGCGAAUGGUACAGGGGAAUCAUCAGUCAUAUCACCUUUCUGCACCCAGUCAAGAAGAGAGAGACACUUGGGUAGAAAGCCUCAGAUCCAGUAUUUCCUGGGAUCCAUUCUAUGAUACUGUCUCUGUUCGAAAAAAGAUAAGUGCAAUGAAAAAGUCUCAGAAGGAAUAAGAAGGCAACUGCCUGUCACACUGGAUAAUUAAUGACACUGUCCUUCUCGUCUGAAGUGUGGAUUUAUAGGAUUUCUGCAACAUAGAAGAUACAAAAAAUUAACUGAGAGACUGGUCAUGUCCUGAUGAGUAACAGUAACUUCAUCUAAUUGGACUCCUCCCCUUCGUGCUAAGGGAAGCAGCAUUUAUGUAAACAGGAAGUGUGCAAAUGUACUCAUGAAAUGACACUGUAGAUUGCACAUAUAGGAAUGCCGCCCUGAAGUACUAAACUGAGGACUUUCUACUCGCAAAGGGGAAAAGAACUAGUUAGAUAAGAACUAACUUAGAUAUUGGAUUAGUAUGAAUGCACCAUUAGAUCAGACUGAGGAGAGGCUACAAAGAGAACACUGGGGUUAUGCAGGUUCUAGCACAGAAAAAAGUAACAUAUGGGGUUAUGUAAUAAAACACACUGUUUGCCCAGGAGCAGCAACCAAUCAGCAGGUAGCAUUUACUGGGCACCUGUUUAAAAGCAAACAUCUUAUUGGUUGCUAUGGUUGCUUCUGGGCAAACUUUGUGCCAUUUAUUACAUGUGGGGGUUAGUUGAAACAACAGAACACUUCAUUUGAGUUUGAACAGUGACUCCAUAUUCAUCCCAGUUACUCAGUGCCAGGGUUAAGGGAGAGCAAUUGGGAAAUGGAAAGAUGCCACACUGAUAGGGCAGUGUUAGUUUUAGGAUAUAACAGAGAUGGUAUCUGUUUCCUUUCAGAAGCAGGCCUCUUGGUCAAAUGUGUACUUUGCUAAAAUUAUACGUUAUAUAUUUUGACUUUGUGUGCUGUAUAUAGAAUAUUUUAUUAUAGUCAAACAUGUGACUGGACCACCUUUAAUCCCAAUUGUGAGUGGUAAUCACUUCUAUAAGGAGAUAUGUGGUGGGCAGGGGCCAAUUUAAUUGUUUAUAGAUAAUCAAGCUGUCCUGUGUGCCAUUGCUUUCAAAAUCCCAUUAUUAGAUUUCAGAAAAGUAUUGGGCCUAACUGGGCUAUAGAAAGUAUGCCAAGACUUCACUUGUGCUAUCACUCAUAAAUUGUACACUGGUUCCCAAAAGAUUACUAGUAAUUCAUUUAGCAACAGACACCAGGGUUUAUGUGAUUGUUAGAGGUCUCUAUGUACAGAUUCAGCCAAAGAUAUGUUCACCCUUAUUCUUAGGGCACACUGCAUUUUCAGCAUAAACAUGUUGAUUGCACUCAAUUGGACUUGUGGACAUACAUGUACCCUAUGGAGUCUAUUAUCGGAUUUUUCACUGUUUCGCAAAUUUUCUUGUCGUUUCUUGACUUUUUGUGAAGUUUACACAGAAGCGAACCGGGACAGAUUUGCUCAUCACUAAUUGCAAGACAUCACAGGCCAUUUAGGAAGAUCCUGGGCAGAGGUGUGCCUGCACCUUGCACCUUGCAGCAGCAUUGGGAACAGGCCAGGCCUAUUGGGCCCUAUUGUGGCCACUGCUGGAUUUUGACUGUUUAUUUGUACUUUGUCUUCCAAAGUAAUGACCCCUACUGUCUUAUUACAGAGGAGUAGCAAAUCACACAAUAAUAAAGAAUUGUUCAUUUAAAGGCAAAGCAAGAAAAGUUUUUUGUUUUCAGAGCACUCUGGUUAACAGGUUUCUGGACAAUUAAACAAACUUAAGUUGAAUUGGUAAUUUAAUAAAUCAGUGCCUAACUUUC